GGAGAAGGAGCCUCAGCCUGGACAAAGUGAGAGGGACUGUGAGGAGGGAAACCAGGAGUUCUUUAAUCCAGAGGGCUCCAUUGUGCACAUUGUUGGAUGUGAAAAAGCGGGUAAGCCGGAGGAAUGGAUCCACGUCGGGCAGCGGUGAGCCUGCGCCUCUGGAGAUGUCCAGCCUGCGCGCUUUGGAUCGCUCCGCUCCUCCUGAGCGUCCUGGACCUGAGCGCGUCUGGGUCUGAGCUUCCACAGGACCCCAGUGUUCUGGCUGUCACUUCAUGGAACGCCACAAACGAUGGGCCCCUCUUCAUCCGCCUCGAAGCUCCCAUGAACAACAUAACAACCUCUCUGGGUCAGACAGCCGAGCUUCUCUGCCGAGUCACCGGGAACCCUCCGCCUACGGUACGCUGGCUGAAGAACGACGCCCCUGUGGUGCAGGAGCCGAGGCGCGUCUCCUACCGGUCCAUGCCAUACGGCUCACGUCUCCGCAUCCGAAACCUGGACACUACUGACACAGGCUACUUCCAGUGCACGGCCACCAACACCCAGGGCAGCGUCACCACAACGGGGGUGCUGUUUGUCAAGUUUGAAUCACUCCCUACACUUAUGCCAGGAAGGCCCACGGACGACAAUGAUGAAGAUGGGUUCUGCCAGCCGUACAGAGGCAUAGCCUGCGCCCGCUUCAUUGGGAACCGCAGCAUCUUCGUUGCCUCACUGCAGAUGCAGGGGGAGAUUGAAACCCAGAUCACAGCGGCCUUCACCAUGAUCGGGACAUCCAAUCAUUUGUCCGAUCGUUGCUCGCAGUUUGCCAUCCCGUCUCUGUGUCACUUCGCCUUCCCGACAUGUGACCACAGCUCGGGGAUUGACAAGGCCCGGGACCUUUGUCGGGACGAAUGCGAGAUCCUGGAGAACGAUUUGUGUAAGACUGAAUACAUCAUCGCCCGCUCCAACCCGCUCAUUCUGAAGAGAAUGAAACUGCCGAACUGUGAGGAGCUGGCUGCCUCCGACAGCCCCGGAGCUGCCAACUGUUUGAGGAUUGGGAUCCCCAUGGCCGAGCCUAUUAACAAGAAUCACAAGUGUUACAACAACAGUGGGGCAGAUUACAGAGGGACAGUCAGCGUGACCAGGUCGGGUCAUCAGUGUCAGCCGUGGAACUCCCAGUAUCCUCACAGCCACACCUACCUGGCUGUCCGCUACACCGAGCUGAACGGGGGCCACUCAUACUGCCGCAACCCGGGGAACACACACGAGGCCCCCUGGUGCUUUACUCUGGAUGAAGGGGUCCGCAUGGAGCUCUGCGACAUUCCUCUCUGUGACCAUAAGGACAAGUCGAGUGGUAGCAUGGAGAUUCUGUACAUCCUGGUUCCGAGUGUGGCCAUCCCCUUAGCCAUUGCUUUGCUCUUCUUCUUCAUCUGUGUGUGCCGCAACAACCAGAAGUCCUCCAGGCCUCCUGCUCCACGUCAGCCGAAACCGGUUCGAGGACAAAAUGUUGAGAUGUCCAUGCUCACAACUGCUUACAAACCAAAGAGUAAAGCUAAGGAGCUUCCCCUGUCAGCGGUGCGUUUCAUGGAGGAGCUUGGGGAAUGCAUGCUGGGGAAGAUCUACAAGGGUCACCUGUACCUGCCAGGCAUGGAGCAGGCUCAGCUUGUGGCCAUUAAGACGCUGAAAGACAUUUCCAGCGUCCAGCAGUGGGGCGACUUCCAGCAGGAGGCCUCGGUGCUGACUGAGCUGCAGCACCAUAACGUGGUGUGUCUGCUGGGUGUGGUUACCCAGGACCAGCCCGUCUGCAUGCUGUUUGAGUUUCUGCCACAAGGUGAUCUCCACGAGUUCCUCAUCAUGCGCUCGCCCCACUCAGACGUUGGCUGCAGCAGUGAUGAGGACGGAACUGUGAAAUCCAGCUUGGAUCACGGGGAUUUUCUGCAAAUAGCCAUCCAGGUGGCUGCAGGGAUGGAGUAUUUGGCCAGUCACUUCUACAUCCACAAAGACCUCGCAGCUCGAAACAUUUUAGUAGGUGAACAGCUGCACGUCAAGAUUUCUGACCUGGGUCUCUCCAGAGAGAUCUACUCCUCUGACUACUACUGCCUCCAACCUAAAACUCUGCUGCCCAUCCGCUGGAUGCCCCCUGAAGCCAUCGCCUAUGGCAAGUUCACCACAGACUCGGACAUCUGGUCGUUUGGAGUGGUAUUGUGGGAGGUGUUCAGCUACGGGCUGCAGCCCUACUACGGUUUCUCCAACCAGGAAGUGAUGGAAAUGGUGAGAAAGAGGCAGCUGCUGCCCUGCCCCGAGGACUGCCCGCCGAGGUUUUAUGGUUUGAUGACAGAAUGCUGGCAGGAGGGCCCCGCACGUCGGCCUCGUUUUAAAGACAUCCACACUCGUCUGCGGGCCUGGGAGGGGCUGUCUUCACACGCCAGCUCCAGCACACCCUCUGGUGGAGGAGGCAACGCCACCACUCAGACAACCUCACUCAGUGCGAGCCCUGUUAGCAACCUCAGCAACCCUCGCUAUGCAGCUGCUCCCGCUGGAUACCUCUACCCAGCCCAGGCCAUCCCAGCGCCAGGGCAGAUGGCUCCCAUUCCAGCCUGGACACCCAUGGCUGUGCCCCAAACCCAUCAACGCUUCAUCCCUGUCAAUGGAUACCCUAUACCACCAGGAUACGCAGCCUUCCCAGCUCACUUUGCUCCUCCAGCUCCACCUACCAGAGUAAUCCAGCAUCACCUGCCACCUCCCAAAAGCCGUUCACCCAGUAGUGCCAGCGGCUCCACCAGUACAGGUCACGUCAGUGGCGUGCCUUCCACCACAGGCUCCAACCACGAGGCCAACAUGCCACUGCUUUCCCAUUGUGUCAUGCCAGGGAGCGGCGGAGGGCAGGCUCAGAUUUAUGGACAAGUUUCCCAAAAAGGGGUGACGCAGUUCGACCAUGUAUCACAAACGUCAGCGCUGCUCACCGCUGACUCUGAUGUGCUGAUGUACAAUGACUCCAUCAUCACAGCAAACCUGUAGAUAAGUAGAGGAGGGCGCACUCUCCUCAUGUUUUGGACACUUAAGACGUUUAGCCUCCCAGCCAGAGAACCAGAAUCACAAUCCACUUUGGUCAUGAUGAGA